AUGGCAGUCACACAUGCUGACCUUGAACCAAGGCGAAGAAAAACUGAUUUGAGUGGCAAAACAGGUGUCUUUCUUAUGGUUCUCACAAUCCUAUUGGGCCUAUUCUGCUUCAUUCUAUGUCUCAUAGCAGAAGCCACACGUUCUAAGGUGAUGUGGAUGAGCACAGCUGAAAAGGGAAAGGGAAGUAAAUCAGAAUGUGUUUACAGUGGUAGUGGGAAAAUGCCAUUGCUAUGCGCUUCUUGUGCUUUCAUUGGACUCGCAUUUGCCAUAUUGAUGGAGCACACUUAUAUGUUGAUCGCAAUUAGUAAUUCAUCUCCUGCUUUACUUACCUUGAAUCCUGAUUCUGCUUCUGCCAAAUCAUUAACAUGGCAAGCUGGGUUCUUCUUCGUUACAACUUGGAUUUGCUUUGCAGUUGGGGAGAUUCUGUUGUUGGCAGGAGUGACUGUCGAGUCAGGGCAUCUGAAGAAUUGGUGGAAGCCUAAACCCAGUUGCAUAAGUAUCAGAGAAGGAUUGUUCUGUGCUGCAGGGGUGUUUGCUUUAACCACGGUUUUCCUAGCUUCUGCUUUAUACCUAACAGCACUACGUGCACUAAGAAUAUCACAAGAGCAAGAAAAUGUUCGAAGGGAGGUGCUUGUGACCUCUGCUCUCCAUGCUUCUCCACCAAGAGGAUCUCAACCACAAAUCACUACUGUUACUCGGGAGAACCCCAGAACUAGAGAGCCCCCAUUAUCUGUAUUUCCAUCUCCUUUUGAUAAAAGCUACACCUUUGUGUGA